AUGGGCAACGGAAUAGCAAAGAUUAAAUUGUGUUUCGCCGGAGACCCUGGAGAGAUUUCCCGGCGUCACGAUAUAGCCGUAUGCUUGACGGACCCUCCCGAUGAAGGCUUUGGUCAUUCCUUCUGCUACAUACGGCCCGACCCACCUCAUAAAAUCAUCCAAGAUGACUCUGCGACAGCGUGCAUCCCGGCUACUCAAACGGCGGCGUUUCGCACUAUUUCCGGCGCCUCCAUCUCCGCCAACGUCUCUACCCCUCUGUCGACGGACCCCUUCCGGUUUGCUAGUUCAACCUCUCUCGAUAAGGCCUCGGCUUUUGAAAGCUCCCAGUUUUUCUCUUCUAUUCCCCUCCAGCCAAUUCCCAGGAAUCCAAUUUCCUCCGUCAAGUCCGGCCCGAUCUUGAGGAAUUCAGUUCCGGGUUCUGGCCCGAUUGAGCGUGGAUUUAUGUCUGGCCCGAUUGAACGCAGCUUCGUUUCAGGCCCGUUGGAGAACCAGUUUGAUCAGUUGCAGAGGUACAGGCCCAAAUCCAAGAAAUGGGCUGUGAUUAACAAUUUGAAAAAGGUGAUAUCAAAAUCAUUACAGGGUUUAUCUAAAGAAUUGAAUAAUAAUGAGCAUAAUAAUGGUAUAUCUAGUGGGAGUCAUAGUGGUAAUAGCAGUACUAUUACUAGUAAUAAUUUGAGUAGUCAAGUGAGCUUAACUGAUGAUAAUGAUGAUGUUGGAAAUGAAUCCUUUGGGAGUCAAAAUGUGCAGUGGGCGCAGGGAAAGGCUGGUGAAGAUAGAGUUCAUAUCGUGAUUUCUGAAGAACAUGGAUGUGUUUUUGUUGGGAUUUAUGAUGGUUUUAGUGGACCUGAUGCCACUGAUUUCUUGUUAAACAAUCUUUAUUCCAAUGUUUACAAGGAGCUUACUGGAUUAUUAUGGUUCGACAAGUCAGAAUCGUGCGAAAACACCGUCGAUGGUCAGUCGUUUAUGUCCAAGAGUUUGGAUAGUAAGGAAAGGGUGGAGUUGGAUAGAAAGUUAAGGGAGAAAUUGAGUAAUUUGGAGGCUGAUGCGGUUCAAGGAAACACUACUAUUAACCAUUUGGGGGUGUUGAAAGCUCUAUCCGAGGCAUUGAGGAAGACUGAAGCAUCGUAUUUGGAAAUCUCUGAUAUGAUGCUAAUGGAGAACCCCGAGUUGGCCUUGAUGGGAUCUUGUGUUCUGGUUAUGGUGAUGAAGGGUGAUGAUGUAUACUUGAUGAAUGUUGGGGACAGUCGAGCAGUUUUAGCGAAAAAGGCUGAGAACAAUGGGAAGAUGAGGAAGGAUUUAGAUGAAAUGCUUUACUGCGAUGAAUUUGAGAAUGUGCAUAACUUGAGUUCUUGUCAGCUCACAAUGGAUCACAGUACAUCUGUCAAAGAGGAAGUUAGACGGAUUCGAACUGAGCAUCCAGACGAUCCCUUGGCGGUUUUCAAUGGAAGAGUGAAAGGUUCAUUGAAGGUCACUCGGGCUUUUGGAGCUGCCUUCCUCAAACAGCCCAAAUGGAACAAUGCUCUCCUGGAGAUGUUCAGAAUGGACUAUGUUGGAAAUUCCCCUUAUAUUUCUUGUUCCCCAUCACUUUGUCACCACAGACUCGACCCGAUAGACAAAUUUUUGAUUUUGUCUUCAGAUGGCCUCUAUCAGUACUUCACAAAUGAAGAGGCUGUUUCUGAAGUAGAAAUGUUCAUGAUUACAUUUCCUGAAGGCGAUCCUGCCCAACAUCUUGUCGAAGAAGUACUGUUUCGAGCUGCAAAAAAAGCUGGUAUGGAUUUUCAUGAAUUGCUUGAUAUCCCACAAGGAGACCGUCGAAAGUACCAUGAUGAUGUGUCGAUUAUCAUUAUUUCUUUCGAAGGAAGGAUAUGGCGUUCAUCAGUGUAA